AUGAGGCCAUUGGCAAUAUUUAGUUUCUUCUUGUGUUUCGUACCCAGCUAUCAGCAGUUCCCUCGUCUGUGCGCAACCCAGGAGGCCCUGCUCACCAAGGAGUGCUGCCCGCCUUGGGAAGGUGACGGCUCGGCAUGCGGAGCCAGAUCGGGCCGGGGCUUCUGCGCGGAUGUGGAGGUCUCGGAUCAGCCCGACGGAGCGCAGUACCCCUUCUCCGGCCUGGACGACAGAGAGAGGUGGCCCCUGGUGUUCUACAACCGGACCUGCCAGUGCGCAGGUAACUUCAUGGGCUUCAAUUGUGCCGACUGUCAGUUUGGCUACUUUGGGGAGAACUGUAACGAGAGGAGAGAGUCUCUGAGGAGGAACAUCUUCCACCUGUCCAGAUCCGAGAGAGUCAGACUCGUGUCUUACCUGAACUUGGCCAAGCAGACAGUCAGCAGGGACUACGUCGUGGCCACGGGGACCUUCAGGGAGAUGAACAACGGCUCGAACCCGAUGUUUGCCAACGUGUCCGUGUAUGAUGUGUUUGUGUGGAUUCAUUACUACGUGUCCCGGAACGCGCUGCUGGGCGGCCCGGGGAACGUGUGGACCGAUGUGGACUUUGCGCACUGGGCGCCCGCGUUCCUCCCGUGGCACCGACUGUACCUGCUGCACUGGGAGCAUGAUAUCAGGAAGCUGACCGGGGACAUGAGCUUCACCAUCCCGUACUGGGACUGGAGGGAUGCCCAGGCCUGCGAUGUGUGCACGGACGAGCUGAUGGGGGGCAGCAGCCCGCAGGAUCCUUCUCUUCUCAGCCCGGGCUCGGUCUUCUCUUCUUGGAGGGUCCUGUGCUCCCAGGCUGAGGACUACAACAACAGAGGUGUGUUGUGCGACACCAGUGAUGAAGGCCCGGUGCGUCGUAACCCUGGAAACCAGAACCGUAACCUGGUUGAACGAUUACCAACUUCAGCGGAGGUGGAUUUCACUCUGAGUUUGACCAACUAUGACACCGGAGCAAUGGACCGCACUGCCAACAUGAGCUUCAGAAACACUCUGGAAGGAUUUGGGGACCCUCAAACUGGGUUAGGAAGCAGUUCUCGUUUGGGCAUGCACGCUGCUUUGCAUGUGUUCAUGAACGGAUCCAUGUCCUCGGUGCAGGGCUCCGCGAAUGACCCCAUAUUUCUUCUUCACCAUGCAUUUGUUGACAGUAUUUUUGAGCAGUGGCUCAGGAGGCACAGACCGUCUCCGUCCCAGUAUCCGGAGUCUAAUGCUCCUAUAGGGCACAACAGUGAAUACCACAUGGUGCCGUUCCUGCCCCUCCACAGGAACAGGGAAUAUUUCAUUUCCAGCAAGGACCUGGGAUACGAAUACUCCCACCUGCUAGAUGCCAGUCAGAGGCUGGCAGAAUCAAUGCACCCUUACCUGGAGGAGUUGCGGGAUGUGUGGCCCUGGCUGCUACUUGCGGGGCUUUGUGGGGGAAUUGUGACAAUAGCCAUUUCUGCUGCCGUCAUAACUGCAAAACGGCGAUACAGAAGACCCUCUUGGCUGCGCGUAGGGAGGUGGAAAAACGCAUUUGCUCUCCCAGAAAGACAGCCACUUAUCUCGAGCAGUGAAAGCGUGGAAACCAACCACCGUAACUACCAAACAACUAUGUGAAGUUACAGCCGGUGUAGUGGCAUACCUGUCAAAAAGGUUAAAUAUCAAAGCACUGUGAACGAUACAUUAAAUAAAUGCAAUGAUCUUUGUCAACGCCAAUGUAUUUAAACUGUAUUAAAAUUGUAAAAACUGCAUGCAGCAACUUUUAAAAUGGAUUUUGAGACA